AUGAAUUUGGGCAGGCGAGUGAAUCUCUCUACUAUAUUGGGUCUGAUUGUUCUGGCCAUAUUUGUUGGCCAGUCCACUGCGUCCCUAGGAGACCAUCUCCCUGAUUUCAGAGAAUGUGUUCAGGUCUGUAAAACGGAGAAUUGUCAGAACGGUAACUCAGUGCUACCUCUGCACCACCGCCUGUUACUAUGGACCUGCCCAGCUGAAUGCGACUAUACCUGCCAACAUGUCAUUACUGACCGUCGAGUCUCUCGUGAUCCCCCAAUGCUCAAUCCCGUUGUACAAUACCAUGGAAAAUGGCCCUUCCGUCGGGUCCUAGGCAUGCAGGAGCCCUUCUCCGUGCUCUUCUCCUUCCUGAACCUGGCCGCUCAUUUGCAUGGCAUGUCCCGGAUCCAGGAUUCAAUUCCCUCCUGGCACUCACUCCGCCCAUACUACAUGAUGUUCGGAUAUAUUGGUUUAUCAAGCUGGACAUUCAGCAUGCUCUUCCACACUCGUGAUUUCCCUAUCACCGAAAAAUUGGAUUACUGGGCCGCUGGUGCCAGUGUGAUGUACGGCCUCUACCUAGCUGUAAUCCGAAUCUUGCGUCUGGACUUGGAAACCCCUCAGUACCGCCCCACCUUGCGUCGUCUUUGGACCGGAAUCUGUAUUGUGUUGUACAUCAUGCAUGUCUGCUAUCUAACCUUUUGGUCCUGGGAUUACACUUACAACAUGGCCGCGAACGUGGUUGUCGGCAUUAUCCAGAAUGUGCUAUGGACUGGAUUCAGUAUCUUCCGAUACCAAAAAUAUCUUAAAUCCUGGACAGCCUGGCCUGGUAUGAUUGUCGCGUGGAUUAUACUGGCUAUGAGCCUGGAGUUGCUCGACUUCCCCCAUGGAAUGGAUUGA